UUAUCCAACAAGCAAAUUCUCCAAGAACUUCAUCUUCCACCUCUCUCUAUCUCUCUCUCUCUCUGCGCAAGUCUUCACCACUUCGUGCGGAGUCUUCAUCGUCUGUAUCGGUACUCGAAUCCCUAUGGCCGAAGAAGCUCCACCAUCACAGACCCAAUCGGGUUCGGAUCUUGAUCCGUUACAGUACUGGUGCUACCACUGCGACAAACGGGUCUCCAUCGAAACCCUCCCCGACGUGGUCUGUCACGAGUGCAAGAACGGCUUCGUCGAGUCCAUCGCCGCCGCGAACCCCUCCCCUCCGCCGUCCCGAACCUCCGAUCUCGUCGACGAACCUUACUUCGGCUCCCAGUUCCUCCAAGUCCUCCGCCUGAUCGCGCAGGCUGCGCGUGACGACGACGCUCCUCCUCCGCCGCCUUCGGAGCAUGCAGAUCCAUCGGAGGAUGAUUAUCUCCGGAUCGAACUCGACGGCUGGGACAACGACGACGACGAUGAUGCGAACGAAGUUGAAGUCAGAAACGAAGUAGACGAAGAGGAAGAAGACGAUCCCGAUCAAGAUCGCGAUCGAGGAUUAGAUCGAGGUUUGGAUCGAUCUGAUGGUGAGAGAGACGAAGAAGAUAUGCGGAGGAGGCGGCGCGAUGUGCUUCGGCUUCGGCUCCGUGACUUGGCGGCUCGAGCCGCGAAUCGGCGGAACAGGAUUCUCGAUUGGGCGGAGAUCUUGAUGGGGCUCGAAGACCACUCGAUUGAGCUCCGAUUGCAAAUGCCGGAGAUGGAUGACUAUGUGGGGAAUCCAGAGGACUACGUCGAUGCGGCUGGAUACGAAGCUUUGCUGCAGAACUUGGCUGAGAGCGAUGGCAGUGGAAGAAGAGGAGCACCACAAGCUUCAAAAUCAGCCAUAUUGGCUUUGCAAACACUGAAGAUUGAAUCACAACAAGAGUCUAUGGUGUGUGCUAUAUGUAAGGAUUCAGUGAAUGUUGGAGAGAUUGCCAAGAAAUUGCCUUGCGAGCAUGGAUACCAUGAGGAUUGCAUUUUGCCAUGGCUGGGUUCGAGAAACUCGUGUCCCGUGUGUAGGUUUGAGUUGGAGACAGACGAUCUAGAGUAUGAAGAGGAGAGAAAGAAGAGAGGUGAGGGCACUGGUCCUUCGAGUUCUCGUGCUUGAUUCUAUUGCUUCGUCGACUCUCUUGGUGGUAUGCAUUCAACGUCCGUAUUGAAUUUUAUCUUCUUUUUACUUGAGUCUCCUCCACAACCCCUAUUAUAUGGAAAAUAAAAAAUAAAAAAUCAGUGCUUGUUGUGGAUUGGAUUUUUAUUUUAUUUUAUUUAAUGUACAUAAUAAUUCACAAUUUGAAGAUGUUCUUUUGCUUUUUAGUGAUUUGAUGAGUUCAAUUGCUAGUUAUAAUUACCUUCUUUACGAUA